UCGAUCCUCAAAUAAUAAUAAACAAUCACUACUCCAAACAAACUGAGUCCUUUGGAAACAAAUAAUUUGAGUCCUUUGCGUUUUCCUCAAUGGCCAACCAAGAAUAUGAUCUUCCUCUCUAUGAAAAAGUUUGGCUAAAGCGCAGAUUUCAAAGAGUAAUAGACAUCUUCAUUUUACUAUUACUCCUCUUGCUUCUUAGUUACCGUCUUUUCUCACCCAACACCUUCACUUUCCCAUGGCUCCUUGCUUUCAUUUGUGAAUCAUGGUUCACCUUCACUUGGAUUGUGAUUCUCAACGCCAAGUGGAGUCCUGCACUAACCAUAACCCACCCAGAAAGGCUCUUGCAAAGGGUACCUGAGCUUCCGCGAGUAGACUUGUUUGUGACAACAGCGGAUGCUAUACUUGAACCACCCAUCAUCACAGUCAACACUGUCUUGUCUUUGUUAGCACUUGAUUAUCCUUCUAACAAGCUAGCAUGCUAUGUCUCCGAUGAUGGAUGUUCACCUCUUACUUUCUAUGCACUUGUUGAAGCCUCCAAAUUCGCUAAGCUUUGGAUACCAUUCUGUAAGAAGUACAACAUACAAGUCAGAGCACCCUUCAGAUACUUCUCUAAUGUUGUCACUACCACGAGUGAAGAAGACUCACCAGAAUUCAAACAAGAAUGGACACAAGUGAAGGAUAUGUAUGACAAUCUUAGCCAAAAAAUUGAAGAUGUGACCCGAAAACAACAAAUUCCAUUCAAACUUGACGGAGAAUUUGCAGUUUUCUCCAAUACAGAGCAGAGAAAUCAUCCGAGCAUAAUUAAGGUUAUAUUGGAGAACAAUGAUGGUCUUUCGGAUGGGUUACCUCACCUGAUAUAUAUAUCAAGAGAGAAGAGGCCACAAUAUCCACAUAAUUACAAAGCUGGAGCUAUGAAUGUGUUGACAAGGGUUUCUGGGUUGAUGACGAAUGCUCCCUUUAUGCUGAACGUGGAUUGUGACAUGGUUGUGAACAAUCCGAUGUUUGUGCUACAUGCAAUGUGCAUUUUGAUGGAUUCCAAGAGUGGAAAAGAAGUUGCUUUCGUUCAAUGUUUCCAGCAAUUCUACGAUGGAAUAAAAGAUGAUCCUUUUGGAAAUCAAUGGGUGGCUGCCUAUGAGUACAUAAUACGGGGCAUGGCAGGACUUCAAGGACCAUACUAUGGAGGAACAAACACCUUCCAUAGAAGAAAUGCUAUCUACGGUCUUUAUCCUAAUGAAAUCCAAAAUGGGAGAAAAGCAGGAGAAUUAGGAGAAAAGAUAUUAAUACAACAAUUUGGAAGUUCAAAGGAGUUAGUCAAAUCAGCAGCUCAUGUUUUGUUAGGGAAAGUUAAGUUUCCCAAUGAUGUCAGUCCUUCCAGUUUUAUUGAGGCAGCAAUCCAAGUUGCUGGAUGUGGGUAUGAAUAUAGUACAUUCUGGGGUAAAAAGAUUGGGUGGUUGUAUGGAUCAAUCUCAGAAGAUGUACCAACCGGAUUGAAUAUUCAAAGAAGAGGAUGGAGAUCAGAGUGUUGCACCCCUCAUCCAAUUCCCUUUACUGGGUGUGCUCCUAGAGGAUUACUCUCUACAAUGGUACAACAAAAGAGAUGGGCCUCGGGCCUCACUGUAGUCUUCUUUGGAAAACAUUCUCCAAUUAUGGGUAUGCUCUUUGGUAAGAUCCAAUUCAGGGCAGGCUUGUCUUAUUUUUGGCUUACCAACUGGGGCUUGCGUGGGCCCUUCCUUCUUUGCUAUGUUACACUACUUGCAUAUUGCACCAUUACCAACACCAAUAUCUUUCCUAAGGGACUUGGUCUUUGGAUUCCAAUUGCUCUUAUUGUAAUUUACAAUGUUCAUACUCUUUUAGAGUACCUUAAAAUUGGGUUGUCAAUUCGAAAUUGGUGGAACAAUCAGAGAAUGACCAUGAUAACAACCACUACAGCAUGGUUUAUUGGAUUCUUGAAUGCCAUGCUUAAGCUAUCAGGGUUAUCUGAUACUGUGUUUGACAUAACAGAGAAGGAACACCCAACUUGUGGUGCUGAUGGAAACAGUGCAGAUGCUGGAAGGUUCACAUUCGAUGAGUCCCCCGUUUUUGUGGUAGGAACUACCAUUUUGUUGGUUCAUUUGACAGCAAUGGUUAUAAAGUUAAGGGAGUUGCAACGAACUGAUAGUGGAAAUGGGUGUGGAGUAGGGGAAUUCAUGUGUAGUUCGUAUGUGGUGGUGUGUUACUGGCCAUAUUUGAAAGGGCUGUUUGGUAGAGGUAAAUACGGGAUUCCCCUAUCCACCAUUUUCAAGUCAGCAGUAUUUGCAUUUGUCUUUCUGCACUUUUGUAGUAGUAAUGUUAUCAGUUCAUGAAUUUAAUUUUCAACAGAUGUUGUUAUAUUUCUUUUUAUUCUGUGCUUAUUGUCUGUUACUGAAUCAACGACAAUAUCUUUGAAGAUUGUUAGUAAACUUUAGUACUUCUUUCUUUUUUUUC